GGAGAGGAAGAGAGCCAGCGAGGCAGGGAUCGAAAGAGUGGCUGGCAGCCGGGAGCUCUGCGAGCAGAGAGAGUGUAGGAAAGCGAGCGAAUUAGAAGGAGUAGGGGAGACCGAGACUGACCGGUAGCCAGCCAGGCAGGUGGACGGACGCACUCCCGGACCGACAGACUGAGCAGGCGCCGGAGAACCUCGCUCUGGUUCCUCCCGCCUUUCCCUUUGAAAGCCAGGAUUUUGCCUUUUCCGUGGCGCCCGAGAGAGAAUGCUGGACUCUGCCGACUUCAGCGCAAGUUAAGAUUUCUCAGCUAGGGAAGAAAGAUCAGCUCAGUUCUGAGAAGGGGGGAAGCAAGCACCCCUGUCCCCAUUCCCCCUUCCCCCCCUCCCAUAUCAAACUCGGGCACCAAACCCAGCCCUUCCCCAACCACCCGACUUCCUCCUCUCCUUUCUAGCAUGGUGGCUGUAUGGACAGUCUGACAGAACAGAGACUGACAUCUCCCAAUCUGCCGGCCCCCCAUCUGGAACACUACAGUGUUCUGCAUUGCACCAUGACCCUGGAUGUGCAAACUGUAGUCGUUUUUGCCGUGAUUGUAGUCCUCCUGCUUGUAAAUGUCAUACUCAUGUUUUUCCUGGGAACGCGCUGAAUGGAGUCCAGCCACCUGAGCUGUUUCAAACUCUCGUUUUGAUUUCAUCCCGAGAACCUCCAAGAAAAAAAAAAAAAAAAGAAA